UAUCCCCCUUCAACCUGGAAUUUCGCCGACAGGCUCAGAAGACGAUGGAAUGCUGUCAUUCAAAUGGCCAAAGAGUUGACCUUUAAGCUAGGUCCUUUGAAAGCCAGCUUUGCUGGUAGCAUUGUUAAUGAAGUGAAAGCUUUUCGUCUGCGUGUACGUAAAUUUGUUGAUCGCUACCGCACUUCUGGACCAGGAACUAUCAGUGAUGAUUUGGAGAUGGGAUAUCAGAUGCUUUUAGAGUUUAUAGACGAAGGCGAGAAACUCGAGGCCUGCCGCUUGGAUUUGCUGAGUAGUGAACGCCUCUUAGACCUACCAAUCUCCUCGUACCCCGACUUAAAAGAUAUCAGGCAGGAGGCGCAUAAGUUGAAGCCGAUCUACGAUCUUUAUCAAGAUCAUGAGAGUACAAGGCAAGAGUGGGCAUGCAUUCUCUGGAGGGAUGUUAAAGUCCAAGAAAUUAUGAAUGUCACGGAAGAUCAUAUGGAGAAGUUUAAAGCCCAAUCUCGCAAGAUGCGCAAGCUGCCAUGCGCUCGUACACUCUACAACAGGCUAAAGAAUUUCCAGGAGUCACUUACUCUCAUCAACUAUUUGAAAGACGAAGCACUUAGACCAAGGCAUUGGCAACAACUAAUGGAGAAGGCAGGAAUCAGUUUUGACAUUGAUCCAAGUACUUUUACUCUCGAAGGUGUCUUCGCUAUGGAGCUACAUCAUUUCAGCGAUGUAAUCGCGCAAAUAGUAGAUUCCACCAAAAGACGACGACGGAUUCCUCUUGACCAGCUGUCAAUUGGCUUUACUGGAAAAUUCAUGCUGACGCUGUUUCAGAGGUAA